AUGCUUAACCCAGAACAUAACCAUGAACAAUCUGAAGAUCUAUCAGCUCACCCAUCCCUUCAAAGACAAGACAAGCAAGCUUUUGAACAAUUGGAUACUAUGUCAAAAGCCAGUAUUCAUCCUUAG